CGGGUUGGGCAAGAGUUUGGUUUCCUCUCGCUCGCUCUCACUCAGUGCAGAAAAGGAAAAAAGGCAGCCAGAAAAGGGGUGGGAGCUCUGCGGUCGGUCUCCCUUGCAAUUGGGGAAGGAAGCGCCUAACGUCAAUGUCAACCCACCCCCUGGCCCCCACCCCAUGCCAGUGCUCUCUCUCUCAGCACCGUCUGCUUGCCUCCCUCCCCCCCCACACCUCCUGCGAGCGAGGUUGCAGCGGCUCUACAUAAACACAGGCGUGCGGGCUGCCAGCGCCUCGUAGCCGGGAGACCAGGGGAUAGGAGCGCUCCACCACCCCGGGUGCGGGGAGAGCAAAGGCGAGAGAGACCCCGGCGCCGACGGUUACCAGGGAAGAAGCUGGAGAAGACGCGCCGCUAAGAGGAAGCCAACUCAACCUGGGGGGACCCGCAGCAGAAGCUGCGCUUUCGAGGUAGGGGGCAGCUCGAGUGAGAGAGGAGAAGGCAGGCACCGAGCGAGCGCAGAAGGGACGGGAUCGUCCUCGCCUGGAGAAGAGGGCGCGGCGGGAGUGGAAAGCCUCGCUCCGGCAGCAGCGGCAUGGCCUUAGCGGACAGCGCGAGGGGGCUCCCCAACGGGGGUGGCGGCGGGGCCAACAGCGCCUCGCGAGGCGGGGCGCGAUCGCAGCCGCAGCAGCAGGAGGGAGCAGCGUCGACACCCGGCGGCGGCGGCGGCGGCGAGGCUUUCCCGGAGAUCGUGGAGCUGAACGUCGGCGGGCAGGUGUACGUGACGCGCCGAGGCACGGUGCUCUCGGUGCGCGGCUCGCUGCUGUGGCGCAUGUUCUCGCAGCAGGAGGCCGCCGAGCUGCCCCGCGACUCCAAGGGCCGCUUCUUCUUGGACCGCGACGGCUUCCUCUUCCGCUACAUCCUGGACUACCUGCGCGACCAGGAGCUCGUGCUGCCCGAGCGCUUCCCGGAGCGGAGCCGUCUGCAGAAGGAAGCCGAGUACUUCCAGCUGCCAGACCUAGUGCGCCGCCUAGCGGCCUCGAGCACCGCAGCCGCUACGGCGCGUUUCUCCGGGCUCCUGCGCGACGCCUCCGUGUGCGCCGACGAGCCCCCGACGGGGCUAGGCUACCUGGAGGCGGAGCUCCCCGAAGCCGGCGGCGGCGGCCCGGCUCUGUCGGCGUCGCCCACGUCCAGCCGCAGCCCGUCGGGGCCCCCGCUGCUGGCGCCCUCGCUCUCCCUGGACGCCAGCGGCGUGGUGGCCGGCCGGCGCUCGGGCUACAUCACUAUCGGCUACCGCGGCUCCUACACCAUUGGGCGGGAAGCGCAGGCGGACGCCAAGUUCCGCCGCGUGGCGCGCAUCACGGUGUGCGGCAAGACGGCGCUGGCCAAGGAGGUCUUCGGCGAGACGCUCAACGAGAGCCGCGACCCGGACCGCCCGCCUGAGCGCUACACGGCCCGCUACUACCUCAAGUUCAACUUCCUCGAGCAGGCCUUCGACCGGCUCAGCGAAGCCGGCUUCCGCAUGGCCGCCUGCUCGUCCACCGGCACUUGCGCCUUCGCCGCCGAGCAGGGCGGCCCCGCUGACGACAAGAUCUGGACCAGCUACACCGAGUACGUCUUCUGCAGGGAGUGAGGGACAAGCACGGCCGGAGGAGCGGGCCUGCGACCCCCCCAUGGACACGCGCAUCCCCCAGCCUAGGACGGGCGAGGACCUGACCUAGUCCAGGGCGCUCCUGAGGCCUGCCACCAUUUCUGCUUAAAAGGCAUUUGUGCCUCUAAUAGCUGCUUGAGAGACAGGUGCUGAAGAGGGGCCGCUUUCCCUGGUACAGGCGAUAGGGCUGAAAAAGCUGCUCCAGUUGAAUUUUAGCAGAGCACAGCAGCUGUUGAAGGCACAGAGGGAGCCUUUGCUAUGCAAAAUGGUGGCAACGUUAGGGUUCCUUCACGUUUAAGAGCUGCAUAUAAGGGGCAACCCCUACCUAAUGUGGAUUAUUUCUUUCGUUGUCAUAGUGUCAUGGGCACCAGGUGGUGUUCUCCCUUCCGUGUGCAAACCCUCCCUGUGCCUUGACUUGACAGCCCUGCCCUUACCCUGCAAAUAUUGAGUGCUCCCUCUUAUCCGCUCCACACAUUUGUCCUGUGGUGGCCCUUUGUUACCUGGUCCAAAGAAUGCCUUCUAUACAUAAAAUUGCAAGAGAUUCCCUCAUUUAAAUAAACACCCCCUUACUCCAAAUUGCCACCACUCCCAAGAGGCAUUCAGAAUUUUGUGAAGGGUUGGUACAAGGUUCGUCCUCCUACCCAUUGUCCUCUCUGCAGGUAGUACUUUCCAAAGAUCACCUGGCACACAACAUGGGCCUAGUGUAGCUCAUUUUGUUGCUCCAUCUUGUGCACUGAAUGCCCAGCAUCAUGCCACACCUCCUUCGUGCACACACAAUCUCCCUCCCCCCAUGCCAAUUUUGCUUGAUGCACUGCCCUCAUGUUCCUCCCUAUCUCCAGAGAGAAGGCCAUUAGCUUCACAUAUGUGUGCUAUUCUCCACAUAGUUCUCACUUGCAUACUGCUUUCACAUGUAGCGGAAACUUGUUUCUGCUGUUUUCCCAAGCAGUGCUCUCAUUCACUUGCAAGGCCCUGGGAUUGCCCUGAAAAAUAUGGUGAACCUUAUGGUAUAUCUUGCCAGUUGUAUUCCUCUGGAAGUUCACAUAUCUAAGUACCCCUUCCCCUUACAAGAUGCUGUGUGUGUGCUCACACACACCCAGUCUUUCCCACAAUCUCCUCUAUUUCCCAGUCUUUCCCACAUUCUGCAUAGUGGUAAGGGAUCUGUUAUGUGCUAAGUGGUAAGGGAUCUGCAUAAUGGUAAGGGAUCUGUCUCCUGCCAUCCUUUCUGAUCCCCAGGAAAGGCUGUUGUCUUGCCGGGGUAGAAAGAGGGAAGAGAGAAAGAACUGUCUUGCAAGUUCACAAGCUGGUGAUGAGAUGGAGAACCUUGCUUUUUCCAGUGCUGCCUACCGUGCUCCUAAAUUGGAUGCAGUCGAUGGAAUAGAACAACUCUAUAUGACAGGUGCUCUCCUCCCCAUGUAUGUUUCCUUUUUAGCAGGAAUGCCCAGAAGUGUGUUCAGGGACCUCCUCUGCAUAAUCUGAUUCCCUCUGCCUUCUCCACUGUUUUCUAAAACCUCCCUCUUACAAUCCCCUGAACAGAAUUCAAUAUGAGGUGGGUCAGUGAAGCUGGUGUCAAAGGACAGCAAUCAAAGCAAGUACUUCUGGAUUAUUAAACUACUUGAACAGUUGGAACCUCCUUACAAGAACAGUCUCUUCAGAAAUGUAAAGCAACAGCUCUUUGAAAACAGAACAUUUGUAAACUGUAAUUCUCAUGCGGGACAACAGUAAAGAGCCCUUAAUGAAAAUUCCCAUAUACUAAUGCUUAUAUGUAUAUAUCAACAACCCAUUGCUUAUUGUUGAAAUACCCUCAAUGAAUGCCAGGCUGGCUAAAGAUGGAGGUGGGGUGUCUGCUUCCUGAGACAGUCUUGGAUAUUGACUUGAUGCCACCAAUUGGCAAUACUGUUGUGCUCUUUGCAGCUCUUCUGCAUUUUUCUUGUUUAGCCUUUUAGAGGCUAACUUGAGUGCUGCUUUGAAGAUGUAUUUUUUCUUCUUUUUUACCCCAUGGGCAAAAAGGUGGCAGCUAUGGUUAGGCCAUGCCAGUAAAUGCAUACUGUGGACUUUCUGAUUUAGGCUUUCUCUCCAAAUUUACAAGGAUAAGUUUGGUUUUGUUAUAACAGGAGCAAUUCUCAUUGUUUUCAGUGGGAGUUGCUCCUCUUGUAUCAAUAUUAGUCCUAAUGUAUUGGGGGCAUUUUGACUGGCAUCUUUUCCAUUCGAAACAGCCAUAGCUGUUUGUGGCACAGUAACAGGGAAGCACAAGAUUUUUUUUCCCCCUUUUGAAACAAGGUUUUUAUUUUAUUUUAUCAUUAAGCAGCUGGAGAUCUAAACACAAAAGCACAUUACACUUCCUCUUUUUUUCUAAAUAAAGUAUGGUCCAGUUCAAAGUUAUACCCCAAAGGAUACUUUUUAUAUGACCCAGUGAUUUGGUGAUUCUUGAAGUGGUGCACAUAAAAAAUUAAUUCACUUACACAAAGCCAGUUUCUUACAAACUAAAGCCUUGGUUGUUGGAUUCAGAGUUAUGAUUGCUUAUUUGCUAACCAAAGAAUUUCUUCAUUAGUUUUUUUUUUUCUAGAGCUGUUGCUUCAAAUAAUAUAAUUUCUUACUUGACUGAGGUCAUUUUGAACUCUAGUGCUUGCCUGCUGGGAUUAUCAAGAGUGGGCAGGGGAGAAAGUUUCCCUUUUAGCCAAAUGUGCGGCUUAAAAUAUUCACUUGGUGUUCUCCUAAAGCUUUGUAAAAUCAAUUGAGUUUAUCCAGAUAUUGAAGCAACUCUUAUCCAUAUAAGAGCAUCAAAUGUUUUUGCACUUUUAGAGGUAAUUGUAAAAUGACAUUUUUUUCCCAAGGAAGCAUGUGAGAAAGAGAGAGAGCAAGAGCGCACUUUCAAAUAAGGAUAAGCAAUAAGCUAGCAAUGGAAAGCCAGUGGGCAGAAGAGAGACUGAACCCUGGUUGUCCUAUGCCUUAUUCUAAAAUAAUUCCAUUGUACAUAUUUUAGUCGCAAGUGAGAGGUUAUUGAUUGCAAUUAAAUAUUUAAAAUGUCAUCCCUGAGAGUCAAUGACAGUCUUUUUCUAGUUUGUGUUCAGUAAUUCUCUCCAAACUAUGUUUUCUACAAUUUUGUAUACAAGCCAGUUUCCAGUAAAUGCUUAAAUUAGCUCUAGCUAGUUUUUUUCUUUUCCUUUUUUUUAGAAAUGAAUCUUGUACUGUAGCUUACUAAGUCUAUCAUAAAAGUUAUGAAUGGAGGUGGUUUUAAAUUGAAUUUGUGACUUAGUGUGUAUAUAAAGUGUAUAAACAUUUUACACGAAUCAUUUAGUUUUUUAUUCAUUUACUAGUGCUAUACAGAUUUUCAUAUAUGCUGUAUCUGGACAGAAUACUUUCAUAUUAAGCUAUGUUCCUGUACUUAUUUAUAUAGGGCUGUUUAUAUGGGGAAGACAUUAUGAACAUCAGCAGAAUUGUAGAAGUAUAUUUGUCUACACUUAUUUGCUUGAAUGUGAAGUAACAGCUAAACUCCCUGAUGGCAAAAAUGCAUCCCUCAAACGAAGGCUCUUGUAUUUUGACCAGUAAAUGUUUAUUUGCUAGCAGACUUCCCUAAAGCUCCUGUUAUUUUUUAAACAAGAAUGGGUAUAAUAAAAUGAACCAACUGGUAAUAA